UCAUACACAUUCUUCAUUCUUAUCUUAAUCACAUUAUCCUUUCUUAUAGCUGAAGCUAACCAUGGUGGUGAUCAGCGAAGAAACCGACCCUUAUGCAGUAGAAGAAACCGAAGAGGGAACAGAAACUGAAAUCGAAAGUGUGGACUAUGAGGAGCUGAAGAAACGCAUGUGGAAGGACAAGAUCCUUCUACAAAAAUUCAAGGAAAAGCAAGAGAAUAACACUGAACCUGAGCAACAAGCGAAACAAGAGGCGUCUAGGAGGAAAAAGAUGGCAAGAGCACAAGAUUCAGUACUCAAAUACAUGGCAAAAAUCAUGGAUGUUUGCAAAGCUAAAGGUUUCGUCUACGGAAUCAUCCCAGAAAAAGGUAAACCGGUAUCAGGCUCCUCGGAUAGUUUGCGCGAAUGGUGGAAAGAUCAAAUCCGUUUCGAUCAAAGCGCGCCUCUAGCGGUCGCGAAAUACUUACCGCUUCUUGGAAAAGACGAGCAACUUAAUACUAUGAUGGAUGAUCCAAACUCUUACAUACACCUCCUCCAAGAUUUACAAGAUGCAACGCUUGGUUCGCUUCUUUCGGCUUUAAUGCAACAUUGUGUGCCACCGCAGAGAAGGUUUCCUCUGGAUAGAGGAAUAUCUCCUCCGUGGUGGCCCACAGGAUCGGAGAUUUGGUGGGGCGAACAAGGCUUAUUGGCUCAAGAACAAGGUCCGCCGCCUUAUAAAAAGCCGCAUGAUCUUAAAAAAGCAUGGAAAGUUUCUGUUUUAGCUGGUGUUAUAAAGCAUAUUUCACCUGAUUUGGAGAAGCUAAGGAGAUUGGUUACUCAGUCUAAGACUUUGCAGGAUAAGAUGACAGCAAGAGAUAGUGCUACUUGGUGCAAGGUUAUGAACCAAGAGGAAGCUUUGCUUGGUGUGACUAAUAAGUGUUUUAAAAUGUCUAUUUCGGAGGAAGGUGAAAGUUCUAAUGGUAGUAGUAGUAGCAGUAGCAGAAGCGAGAAAAGGAAGUGUGUGUUCGAUGUUGGUGGCGAAGAUGGAGAGUUUCCACAGAAUAAGUUACCUUUGAGUUUUGCAAAUUUGCUUGAUUGUGAAGCAAGAAUUGAAAAUGUGGAUGAGUGGUUGAAAGUGGGAGAUAUUGAAGGUGGGAAAUUUGGAUGGGAGGUAGAACAUUGGUUGAAUGAUGUGGAUGAUGUUGAAUUGGAAGCUGCACUUGAAAUGUUGAAAGGUAAUCACAACAUGGAUUUUAUUCCUCAAAAUCCAGCACAUAAUUUGCAUGGCCAAGAGGAAGAAAACUCUCUUUGGGACUUUAGAUAUCAAUACCAUCCAGAAUAAUACUAAAUAAAAUGUUCACUUUCUAUUUUGGACUUUGAUUUGUUGUAAUGCUUUAGAUUUAUGGAUUUGGCAAUCCAUUUACCAUAUUUUUAGAUAUAUCUUAACUCUUACCAUAUUUGUUACUAAUAAUAAAUAAAUAAUAGGAGACACCAUACCACCCUUUGGAGUGUUUUCUUCUUAUUGAUUAUCUUAGUGGAAUGUAUUGUAGUGUUUUAUGAAACUCUUAAAUUUUGAUGUGAUACA